AUGUGCUCCAGCCGCAAGAUCCUGUGGAGCCUGCUCCUGCUGUCGGUGGUGGAGGUGGGCUUGGGUGUGGCCAGCAUCGUCCUGGGGGCGGUGGGCAUCAGCUGGGUGCGGGGCGAGCACAAGCCGCAGCAAGGCGACGCGUCCCCGGUGUGGAGCGGUCUGUGUUUCCUGGUCUGCGGGAUGUGCGGGGUGCUGUGUGCUCGAAAGAGGACGGGUCUUAUUAUGAUCCUGUUUUCAGCAUGUUGCAUCUGUGGUCUCAUCGGUGGGAUCCUCAACUUCCAGUUUGUGCGUGCGCUCAGCAAACGCCCGGACUCCAUGCACUCCAUCCACCUGGCUGCCAUGACGCUGGCCUGUCUAGGUAUCUCCUCAUGUACCUUAUCCACGUGGCUCACCUGUCGCCUUGCGAGCUCCGAACAACAACGGAUGUUCCUUGAGAGAGAGCACUCGCUUCAUCAUUCUCAUGAGAUGACUGACAAGGUAAAAUGCAAAGGACAUGCAGACGAGAUUUUGGAUAACUCCAGCAACGGCAUCCCUCAGAUCACCUACAAUGGCCACAAUGCUGCUUCACCAUGAAGACUUGAUUCCGGCUUCUUCACCAGACACGGCAUGCGGUUGUCCUCUCAUGUCAUAGCAUCUAUUACUUAAAGCAGAUAACAGGGAAAAGACAUUGUUCUCCGACUACUUAUGCAAAUCUGGGGUCACACCCUCCGGAUCCCGCCAACCCCCAGAGCUGUCAUCUGGGCGGCCGUUCAGGUGCGACCACAUCACAUCUGACCUUUCAGCUUCCCAGCAGAAUGGAUUAGCAGAUGCCUGACGGCGAGGAGCAGCAGCCAUCAUGCAAAUGAUUCACUCCUUCUGGAGAGCUGCUACUGUCUCCGACUCAUUGCCUUUAAUUCGCCCGCUCUUGUUAUGGAAUGCGACAAUGUAAAAUGACCAUAGUUUGUUGUAUCUGAUAA